AUGCGUCUCCCAUCAAACCUCUCAGCCACCACCCUUAUAGCCGUCGCCAGCCUCGCCCAAGCCCAAAAUUGUGUCGAGAACGGUCCCACAGGCGACGCCAUCACCGGCUUCAGGUUCUCGGGGACAUGCGAAUCCUGGCAGUGGUUCUCGCGCGAUAAAGGCACGCAGGUCAAACUCCAGCCGGACUGCUUCCUGCGGCAGACGUUCCCCAACGCCACGCCCGUGGGCCACGUGUGUAUCCAGCUCGAGAGCGGAGGCCACAAGUGCUUCUCGGCGCCGGGGGCGGGGGCGCCGCAGUGUAGAGUGCCGGAUGACUUUUGUUCGGGGAUUCAGAACAUGUGGGGAUGCUGCAGCGAUUCUAUAGGGGCCGAAACGGUGUUUUAUCUUGUAAAAGCCCCAAUUCGGCUGAGCACAACGGCAGCUUUCCACCUCAUCUAA